AUGACUUUGUUAUUUUGGUAAAUUUAGAUAAAGAAAUAACAAUUCUUGAUAGAUAAUUUAUAAAAUUACUUAAUAAACUAGUUUCAAUAUGGUAAAUUGAAUAUAAAUAAUACACUAGAUAAUAGUAUAUUAAGGUAGAGGAACCAAUUAAAAACUUGUAGAGUUGAAUCUUUAAAGAAAAACAAUACAAGAAAAGAAACACCUAGCAUACCAAUUUAGUAUAAAGUACUGUACCUAUUUAUAGAGUCUUUUAGAUAAAAUAGCAAAUUAGUAUAUAAUAUAGUUGGAUUGCUAUCACUAUUAUUUUAGCAAUAAAUAAAUAAUUAGGAUUCGGACUGGUUUAAAGAAAUGAGCAUGUUUGAUAAAGAAUAUGAUAAAAAAGGAUUUGAUAUAAAAUAGAUUUAAAGUCCAAUAUUGAAAUUAUAUCAAAAUGCCAAGUAGGAAAUUAAUAAUAAAAGCGAUAAUAUAUUUUCUCCAAGCCUCAACUCGUAAAAUAUCCAAUCAUCUAAGAAAAUAUAUUAACAUUAGCUAUAACCGCUUUAAUUGGUUUAGAAAGAUGAUUAAAAGGAACACAAAAAGAAGCCUCAAUCAAUUUAGUCAAGUGAUCGAAUCCUUUCAAAGGACUACUCUAAAGGGAAAAUUUUUUAAAUUUAAAAAGAUGAAAUGAGUGGGUUUGCUAUUAACAACUUUAACAAUAACAAUAAAUUAAGUGCCUUCCAAAGCUAUCCAUAAUCACCCACUUACAAAGACUAAUUUAAUUGUAAAUUGUAGAGUAAACAAAGUGAAGAGACUCCGACUUAAAAAUCUUAAAAUUAACCUUUAUAUAGAUUACCUAAUAAUGAAGCUAAUCCUUUUAAGGAUGGAAAUUAAUUGUAAAUUUAGAAUGAUAAUAUAAAAGCUAUAAAAUUAGAAAGCGAUUAGAAAUCCAUUUCUUAGCUUUAAAGUCCUAGAGUAAGGAUUAAAACAAUAUAAAAAAAUAUGAAAUCCCCCACAUAUUAAAAUCUAAACAAAGAAAAAUUAAGUUAAAAUGAUUUAGCUGACUUUGAAAAUUAGCAAAAUUAAAAUGGAGAGAAAAUAAAAACAGAAUAAAACAAAAUAGAUAACGAAGGUCAAUUUUAAGUCUAAAAUGAGGAAGAACAAAUAUCACCAAUAAAAAACAAAAUUAAUAAAAUUUAAUCCAUAAAUGCUAUUAUACCAGAAAAAUACCUCCCUAAGACACCAUCGGGAGAAAAAUUUCAUUAGAAAUAGGAAAGUUCACGCCCAAGUUCAGGGAGAAAUUAAAAUUUUAUUAUAAAAAUGGUCAAUAAUCACAAUUAUUCAGAUGUCAAUCAUAUACAUAAUAACAAUUUAAAUAAUGCAAAUAAUGGAUCAAAUACUGUUAUAAGACUUUAGUCAAAAGAAAUAAGUGAUACACCCAAAAGCUAAAAUAGAGAAGAAAAGUAUUAAGAAUCUUAUAAUGAAAUUAAGGAUAGAAUCGACACCCAAAAUUCAUAAUAAAUAGGUGAUUCUUUGUAAAAUUUAGAUGAAGAAUAAAAAAACGAAAAGCAAAUUAGUGAACAAAAAUAAAAUAAACCUAAUUCUAAUUAGAAUAUAUCUUCAAAAAUAUAAUCCCUUAAUUAUAUAAAUGAAGAGAGAGAAUUAGAUUCAUCUCCCAUAGAAUAAGGUUAAAAUAGUAAACUGAAAGAUAAAAAUAAUGAUAAAUAAAAUAUUAUCAAAGAGUAAUCAUAAAAUUAAAGAUAAGAAUCAUCCAUGAUGUUACAAACAGCUUCUGAAAAAAAAGAAAUUAACAAUUUAAAAUAUAUUAUUGAAUCAAACAAUUUAAAUUAGAAUAAUAACAAUAGCAGCAGCAAUGAUUAUUUGGACGCAUAAGUUGGGGAGUUAAUUGGAUAAGGUGCAUAUGGUCGAGUUUAUAAAGGAUUUGUCAAGAGUACUGGAAAAUUUAUUGCAAUAAAAGAAAUGAAAGAAGAAAUGAUGUUAGGAGAAGAUGCUCACUCUUUAUUAGAAAGCAUUUGCAAAGAGAUUUAAUUGCUGAAGUAGCUUUCUCAUAAAAAUAUAGUAAACUACAUUGGAUCAAAAAAGCAAGAAGGUAGUGUGUAUAUUUACAUGGAAUAUAUGCCAGGAGGAUCAAUAUCUGAAAUGCUGAAAAAGUAUGGAGGAUUUGAUGAAGAAGUUAUUUAAAAAUUUGUUAAACAGUUACUUGAAGGUUUAAUUUAUCUACAUUCAAAAGGAGUUAUUCAUCGAGAUUUAAAAGGAGCAAAUAUUUUAUCUGAUGGUUAAGGCAAUGUGAAGUUAGCAGAUUUUGGAGCUGCUAGAAAUAUAGAAAAUAUUUUGUAGCAUUCUCUAUCAUAGUCAGAAUUUUGCAAUUCUAUAAAAGGAUCCCUUUAUUGGAUGGCUCCAGAAUUAAUUAAAAAUGAAAAACAUGGAAGAAGAAUAGAUGUUUGGAGCUUGGGCUGUACUGUAAUUGAAAUGGCAUCUGCUUAGCAUCCAUGGGAAAACAUUAAAAAAUUCUCAGAUUUAGCAAAUGCUGUGAUAGAAUAAUAACCCAUACCAAUACCUUAGCAUUUGAGUGAAGAAUGCAAAGAUUUUAUCUCGAAAUGCUGCACUUAUGAUAAAAAAAUGAGACCAAAAUCUCAAUAACUUUUUAAUCACCCUUUUCUAUAAAAAAAAUACUCCUGA